ACGGAAGUUCGCCAUUAUAAUCGCCAUUUUUUCCUGCUACGCGUACAAGAGUAGAAGUAACAAAGUGUUGUGUAGUUUAUGCCCACAGUUAAUUCAUAGCCGUGAAAUUAUUCGCUAUUUAAUCAUAUAAAGAAACGGUGAUACGCCAUGAAACAAGAAAGGAAAGAUGUAAGAACAAGUGAACCUGAACACUUGCGAAAGCUUUUUAUUGGAGGGUUAGAUUAUCGUACCACAGAUGACUCCCUUAAGAAACAUUUUGAGCAAUGGGGAGAAAUCGUGGACGUGGUUGUUAUGAAAGAUCCAAAAACUAAGCGGUCUCGAGGAUUUGGUUUCAUUACGUACUCAAGAGCUUAUAUGGUUGAUGAUGCUCAAAACGCACGUCCCCAUAAAGUCGAUGGAAGAGUUGUUGAACCUAAACGAGCAGUUCCAAGACAAGAUAUCGGUCGGCCAGAAGCCGGAGCUACUGUUAAAAAACUCUUUAUUGGAGGUUUAAAAGAGGAUAUUGAAGAAGAUGACUUACGGAACUACUUUGGAGACUUUGGAAAUAUUUUAUCAUGUGUAAGAACAAGUGAACCUGAACACUUGCGAAAGCUUUUUAUUGGAGGGUUAGAUUAUCGUACCACAGAUGACUCCCUUAAGAAACAUUUUGAGCAAUGGGGAGAAAUCGUGGACGUGGUUGUUAUGAAAGAUCCAAAAACUAAGCGGUCUCGAGGAUUUGGUUUCAUUACGUACUCAAGAGCUUAUAUGGUUGAUGAUGCUCAAAACGCACGUCCCCAUAAAGUCGAUGGAAGAGUUGUUGAACCUAAACGAGCAGUUCCAAGACAAGAUAUCGGUCGGCCAGAAGCCGGAGCUACUGUUAAAAAACUCUUUAUUGGAGGUUUAAAAGAGGAUAUUGAAGAAGAUGACUUACGGAACUACUUUGGAGACUUUGGAAAUAUUUUAUCAUGUGUAAUUGUCACUGAUAAAGAAACUGGAAAAAAGAGAGGAUUUGGUUUUAUUGAAUUUGACGACUACGAUCCAGUAGAUAAAGUUUGUUUGCAAAGAAGUCAUCAAGUUAAAGGAAAGCACAUAGAUGUGAAGAAAGCCCUUAGUAAAGCUGAGAUGGAAAGAGCACAGUCAAAUGCCCCACAAAGUCAAAUGGGUGGUGGUAGUCGCGGCGGCGGCGGCGGUGGUGGUGGUGGCGGUGGCCCACGUGGUGGUGGAGACCGUGGAGGUUAUAAUAGUGGCCCACCUGGAGGUAACUGGGGAGGACCACGUGGGGGUGAUUGGAAUACUCCACCUUCUAACCAGGGUUAUAAUAGUGGAGGUGGUGGCGGUGGUGGUAACUGGGGAGGUCCCAGCAGUAACGUGGGACCAUGGGAUAAUCAAGGAGGCGGAAAUUGGGGUGGUAAUCCCUCUGGAGGUCCCCCUUUCGGCGGGAGUGGGGGUGGAAAUAAUUGGGGACCGCCCAAUGACAAUUUUGGCGGCAACUAUCAACAAAAUUAUGGAGGCAGCGCAAUGAGAAAUAACUUCCAAGCUAACAGACAAACUCCAUAUGCUGCUGGAGGUAAUAUGGGCGGCGGGUAUGGGGGUGGUUACGGAGGUGGCCAGAAUGGCAUGGGGCCAAGGCGCUUCUAAAACGUAAGUGCAACACACGACAUGGCCAUUUCAGAGACAGUUCUGUUAAUGCAUAUUCAUUUGACUAAUUUAGGGUUAGUAUAGGAUUACAUUUAUUUAUUUGACUAGUGUCAGGUAAUGGAUGAUAGUUUUUGUGAAUUUAUCUUGACGUGUUUAGGUCAGGGAAUUGAAACUCAAAAGAAAGAAAUUAUAAUGAUAAUAAACGUCACUUAAUUAUGA